AUGGCCCAGUGCGUGCAGUCGGUGCAGGAGUUGAUCCCAGACUCGUUCGUGCCCUGCGUGGCCGCACUGUGCAGCGAGGAAGCUGAGCGGCUCACCCGCCGCAACCACCUCAGCUUUGCCGAGCUCCUCAAGCCCUUCUCCCGCCUCACCUCGGAGGUUCAUAUGAGAGAUCCUAAUAAUCAGCUUCACAUAAUUAAAAACUUGAAAAUAUCAGUAAGCAACAUUGUCACCCAGCCACCUCUACCUGGAGCCAUUCGGAAACAUUUGAGUGAUGUAGUGUCUAGCAGCCAACCUGCAGAAGGAUUAGUAGCUAAUGUGAUUACAGCUGGAGAUUAUGAUCUUAACAUCAGUGCUACUACUCCAUGGUUUGAAUCUUACAGAGAAAGUUUUCUUCAGUCCAUGCCAGCGUCAGAUCAUGAAUUUCUAAACCACUAUUUAGCAUGUAUGUUGGUAGCAUCUUCUAGUGAACCUGAACCUGUGGAACAGUUUUUGAAAUUGUCCCAAGAGCAGCAUCGAAUUCAACAUAGCAGUGACUAUUCCUACCCCAAAUGGUUUAUACCAAAUACCCUCAAGUAUUAUGUCCUGUUGCAUGAUGUAAGUGCAGGAGAUGAACAAAGAGCUGAUUCAAUUUAUGAGGAAAUGAAGCAGAGAUAUGGAACUCAGGGUUGCUAUUUGCUUAAAAUUAAUUCCCGAACAUCUAAUCGGUCAUCAGAUGAACAGAUACCAGAUCCUUGGAGUCAGUAUCUCCAGAAAAAUAGUAUUCAAAACCAGGAGUCAUAUGAAGAUGGUCCUUACACGAUAGCUUCAAAUAAGAAUGCUGAUAGUAGCAUGCUUUCAUUGGAUGGAUUAGAUAAUGAAGUCAAAGAUGGUUUACCAAAUAACUUCAAAGCUCACCCACUUCAAUUGGACCAAUCCAAUGACCCUACUGGCAACUUUGAUGGAACGGAUCAUAUAAAAUCUGCUGUGUCAUUACAUGAAACAAAAAAAAUGAACACAGGAACACUUCAUGGUGCAUGUUUAACCCUCACUGAUCAUGAUCGGAUCAGACAGUUUAUACAAGAAUUCACAUUUCGAGGUCUUUUGCCACAUAUAGAGAAAACAAUUCGACAACUAAAUGAUCAGCUGAUAUCAAGAAAAGGUUUGAGUCGAUCAUUAUUUUCUGCAACUAAAAAAUGGUUCAGUGGCAGUAAAGUCCCAGAAAAGAGCAUUAAUGAGCUAAAGAAUACAUCUGGGUUGCUCUAUCCACCAGAAGCACCAGAACUUCAAAUCAGGAAAAUGGCUGACUUGUGUUUUUUAGUGCAGCAUUAUGACUUGGCAUACAGUUGUUACCAUACUGCAAAGAAGGAUUUUCUGAAUGAUCAAGCAAUGCUCUAUGCAGCUGGUGCCUUGGAAAUGGCAGCAGUAUCAGCUUUUCUUCAGCCUGGAGCACCUAGGCCUUACCCUGCUCAUUACAUGGAUACAGCAAUUCAAACAUACAGGGAUAUAUGCAAGAAUAUGGUGUUAGCAGAACGAUGUGUAUUGCUUAGUGCUGAAAUUUUAAAAAGCCAAAGCAAAUAUUCAGAGGCUGCUGCUCUUCUGAUACGGUUGACCAGUGAGGAUUCUGAUCUUCGAAGUGCUCUUCUGUUAGAACAGGCAGCACAUUGCUUUAUAAACAUGAAGAGCCCCAUGGUUAGAAAAUUUGCCUUUCACAUGAUACUGGCUGGCCAUCGGUUUAGUAAGGCAGGACAGAAAAAACAUGCUUUACGUUGCUAUUGCCAAGCCAUGCAAGUUUACAAAGGAAAAGGCUGGUCUCUUGCAGAGGAUCAUAUUAACUUCACUAUUGGUCGUCAGUCAUUUACACUUCGACAGCUCGACAAUGCAGUUUCUGCCUUUAAGCACAUUUUAAUCAAUGAGAGCAAACAACCUGCUGCUCAGCAAGGAGCCUUCCUCAGAGAAUAUCUUUAUGUUUACAAGAAUGUAAGUCAGUUAUCUCCAGAUGGUCCUUUACCACAGCUUCCUUUACCAUAUAUUAACAGCUUAGCAACACGAGUUUUCUUUGGCCAUGACAGACGACCAGCAGAGGGUGAAAAACAAGCAGCUACACAUAUAAGUCUUGAUCAGGAAUAUGAUUCUGAAUCUUCUCAGCAGUGGAGGGAGCUUGAGGAGCAAGUUGUAGCUGUGAUUAACAAAGGAAUAAUUCCAUCAAAUUUUCAUCCAACGCAAUACUGUUUGAAUAGCUAUACAGACAACUCAAGAUUUCCACUUGCUGUUGUAGAAGAACCAAUAACUGUGGAGGUGGCUUUUAGAAACCCAUUGAAGGUUCCUCUUUUGUUGACGGAAUUAUCAUUGCUUUGGAAAUUCCAACCUAAAGGUUCAAAUUCAAAGGAUAAUGAAGAAACAAAAGAACUAGUAACCUUUGGACAUGAAAUGAUUGGAACUGAAGUUAUAUCAGAAUUCUUAAUUAAUAGUGAGGAAAUGAAAGUGGCAAGGCUAAAGCUCUUUCCCCAUCAUAUAGGGGAACUUCACAUUCUGGGAGUUGUUUAUAAUCUUGGCACUAUUCAGAGUUCAAUGGGGCUAGAUGGCAUUGGCUCUCUUCCCGGAUGUCACACAGGAAAGCAGCCUUCUAAUACAAUGUCAGUAAGGGGGCGACAGGAUUUAGAAAUUCAAGGUCCUCGACUUAAUAACACGAAAGAAGAGAAAACAUCUAUUAAAUAUGGUCCCGAUCGUCGUUUAGAUCCUAUUAUCACUGAAGAAAUGCCAUUAUUGGAGGUGUUUUUUAUAAAUUUUCCUACAGGACUUCUUUGUGGUGAAAUCCGAAAAGCAUAUGUUGAAUUUGUCAAUGUCAGCAAGUGUCCUCUUACUGGAUUGAAGGUUGUUUCUAAACGUCCAGAAUUCUUCACUUUUGGUGGUAAUACUGCUGUUCUAACACCUCUGAGUCCCUCAGCUUCUGAGAACUGUAGUGCUUACAAGACUGUUGUGGCAGAUUCUACCUCUGGAUUUUCUUCCCUCACAUCAUCAGCUUCCUCAGUAGACUUUGGCUUUGGCAUAGGAAGUCAACCAGAGGUGAUUCAUGUUCCCCUUCCUGACUCUGUUCUUCUGCCUGGGGCUUCAGUCCAGCUACCUAUGUGGUUACGUGGACCAGAUGAAGAAGGUGUUCAUGAAAUAAACUUUUUAUUUUAUUAUGAAAGUAUUAAAAAGCAGUCUAACAUCUGUCACAGGGUAUUAAGACAUACAGCAGUUAUUUGUACUAGCCGAUCUUUGAAUGUACGAGCUACAGUCUGCAGAAGUAAUACUCUUGAAGGUGAAGAAGGCAGAGGAGGCAAUAUGCUUGUCUUUGUGGAUGUGGAAAAUAUCAAUACUAGCGAAGCAGGUGUUAAGGAAUUUCAUAUAGUACAAGUUUCAAGUAAUAGCAAGCAUUGGAAGUUACAGAAAUCUGUCAAUCUCUCUGAAAACAAAGAUUCGAAACUUGCUAGUAGAGAGAGGGGAAAGUUAUGCUUUAAGGCAGUGAGAUGUAAAAAUUUUGAAGCUGCUGCACAGUCAUCAGAAAAAUAUACAUUUGCAGACAUCAUCUUUGGCAAUGAACAGAUAAUAAGUUCAGCAAGUCCAUGUGCUGACUUCUUUUUUCGAAGUUUAUCAUCAGAACUGAAAAAAACACAUGCCCAUUCAUCCAUGUGUCAUUCUCUGGCAACCGAAAAACAGUCCUCUGAUGAUGCAGUGAGGUUAAUUCAAAAAUGCAGUGAGGUGGAUUUGAAUAUUGUUGUAUUAUGGAAGGCUUAUGUUGUAGAAGACAAUAAACAGCUUAUUUUGGAAGGCCAGCAUCAUGUCAUUCUUCGAACUGUUGGAAGAGAGGCUUUUUCAUUUUCUCAAAAGCAGGAGCCUCCGGAAAUGGGACUCUUAAAAUUUACUCGGCCAGAAAACACUAUGGUUCCUCCAAGACCCACAGUAGAACAGCUAUCAAGUCUCAUAAAAACUAGUCUUCAAUAUCCAGAGUCCUUUAAUCAUCCAUUUCAUCAAAAAAGCCUUUGUUUAGUUCCGGUCACCCUCUUACUUUCUAAUUGCUCUCAGACGGAUGUAGAUGUAAUAAUUGAUCUGCGACAUAAAGCAACAAGCCCAGAAGCACUGGAGGUCCAUGGUUCAUUCACAUGGCUUGGACAGACCCAAUACAAACUACAGCUUAAGAGCCAGGAAAUCUGUAACUUGCAGCUGACAGCUUGCUUUGUCCAUGCAGGUGUCUAUAAUCUUGGAACUCCUAGGGUGUUUGCCAAGUUAUCGGACCAAGUGACAUUGUUUGAAACGAGUCAGCAGAGCUCUAUGCCAGCACUGAUCAUCAUCAGUAAUGCGUGACCACUUGCAAAUUUGUACUGAAAACCAAAAGAAUCAGUUUUAUUUUGCUGAAUGAAUUUUACAGCAGUUUUUGGGACAUCUACCAUAUUACAAAAGAUGGUAUAGGAUCACAAUAGCAAAUAUUCAAACCUCUUGUCAGUUUAUGUUUAUCGAUGCAAAGCACGUUGGACUGAGAAUGCAUAGGUUCUUUUUGUAUUUUUUUUUUCAACUCUGGUAAUAAUUUAAAUAUUCAAAAUACAGAUUUUGAACAUGCACCUUAGGCCCUGUCUUUAAAAAAUUAAUGAUUGACUGCUAUAACAGCUUACAGAAUGGUGCAUUAUUAGUGGCCGUAUUAGGAGAUGAUUUCAGAAAAAUGGCCUUUGUUGCCUAUGCUGUUCUUAAGCCAUUAGUCCCUAUAAAUUCCAGCUUAACUGUGAAGUUUACUAUAGAGUGUUAAAUACAAAUUCUGCUGUUCUCACUUUUCACAGUUCUCAAAAAUCAGUUUCGGCAAUGUGUUUUAAAAGUCUUCAUGUUUAAGUAUCCAGUGGAUCUUUUCACUUAUACAUACCUUUGUACAAAUUAAGUUUCAUCUGAUGCUUUGAAUAUAAUUUUAGAACCAAUUUGACUUUUUUUCACUCAUCUCAGUACAGAAUGCACUAUUUCACAACCAUGAGAUUUUUGUCAUUUAAAUUGUCAUUCACUUCAUUAUGUAAUUUAACAACUGGGUUGAUCUGUUUAAAAUAUAAAUCUACUCAAGUUAAUUAAAAGUAAGCUUUUCAAAAAAUGUAUUAUAUUUAUAACAAAUGUACUGUAAAUAGAAUAAAGUGUACACCAUAUUCACUGUAUAGGCUCUAUUGAAUUAUUUUAUUGUAUUUAUAGGAGGAAUUAACUGUGUACUAUGUUUCUAUAAAUGAUAUAUGUAUAAGGCGGUCAUUUUAAUGGAAUAUUUUCACCUUGUGGAAAGCCAAUUUCAUUGUAAGAGUAAGCACUGUUCAACUACAUAUCCCAGUAUAGAUUGAUUUGAUGUUAAUCUUCAGGAAGAAGUAAACUCUUGAGAAUAAUUUCAGGUUGCCUGAAUAUUUAUAAUUUUUCAGCUUAAAUAUUUAUUCAUAGAUGUUCUUCUUUCUGUAGAUUAGGAAAAUACAAGGUGUGCCUUAAUC